AUGAUAGGUGGUAUGAUUGGAACAAACUGCAGUGGAACCAAUGCCGUGAGAUACGGGACCAUGAAAGAUUGGGUAAUUAACCUUACUGUCGUGCUGGCAGAUGGCCGUGUCAUCAAAACACGCCGCCGUCCACGCAAAACUUCAGCCGGGUAUAACCUGACAGGCAUGUUUGUUGGGUCUGAAGGAACACUUGGUAUUACUCGUGUCGGUGUGGUGACCUUCCCCACUGUACGUGAUGCGGCAUCCACUGCCAUGCAGCUUGUUCGAAAAGGCAUUCAAGUACAGUGUAUGGAGAUUCUUGAUGAGAUACAGAUGGAUGUCAUCAACCGCGCCGGAGGAACUGGAAGAACAUGGAAGAAAUUGCCCACUCUAUUCUUCAAGUUCUCCGGCACCAAGGCCGGGGUCGCGGAUAGUAUUAACCUGACUAAAGCACUAGCAAAGAACAACAACGCAAGCUCGUUCGAAUUUGCAAGAGACGAGCGAGAAGCACAUGAUUUAUGUAUGCUGGCACUAAGAGAGCGAGGAUCCGAAGUGUGGUCAACCGACGUUUCGGUACCGAUCUCUAGAUUGCCAGACAUUAUUGAAAUCUCCAAGAAAGAACUCGAUGACCUGGGAAUCUUUGCCAGUAUCCUUGGGCAUAUUGGAGAUGGCAACUUCCACGCAAGUAUCUUAUAUGACCGCACUAUUCAAGAAGAAAGGGAGCGAGUAGAAAAGGUUGUAUACGACAUGGUUGAUCGUGCAUUGGAAAUGGAAGGCUCUUGCACUGGUGAACAUGGUGUGGGAUUGGGCAAGAAAAAUUCACUGAAAAAGGAGCUUGGCCCAGCCACGAUUGAAAUUAUGCGUUCCAUCAAGAAGUCCCUCGAUCCACACUGGUUAUUGAACCCUGGCAAGAUCUUCGAUUAUGAGGACGAAGCAUAGAUGGCGCAAUCUGUUCUCUCAGCUGAGGAUGGCAUAUGCAUCGUAAAUAGGGCAGACAAAAGGCUGUACAUAUCAAUGGCUAGUUUCAUAGCAACUAUGUCACUUUCAACUAUAUUGAC